AUGAGAAUAUUAACGCUAAUAACCACCAUUUCCCUCCUUUUCUCCGCUCUCGCCACGCCACUUGUCGACGUUGUCAAGAACCAAGUUCAAGUAUUGGGCGGUAAGGGUCACCCAGAAGACGCUCUUAUCCACCUAAUCAGAACUGAUGACCUCAUCGACGACCACCACCACAACUCGCACCUCCUUCAACGCCAAUCACACCUCGUCUUCAAAAUCCACUACGACGAGCCUGAUCACUCUAUUUACAUCAACGGUGGCAAGAUUGAUCUCGCCGAUGAAUCCCUCAUUAACUCUGAUGAACCUCUCCACGCUGGUCCUGUCGUCAAGGUCGAGUCGCUCACUUUAUCCCCAGAAGAAAUCAAUCAGGCAGACGACAUUAAACAGGAACAUAUCGAUAAGCUUCCAAAGGGUAUCGUCGCAGCGCAGUUAAGACUCAAGGGCAUUGAUAUCGACGAGAACACUCGUCGUCUUGUUGUUUACAUUAAGGUACUCGAAGAUAAUGCAGAGCACCACCUAUCAAACCCAAUUUUCACCCUUCAAGUCACUCAGCAGAAAAAGCCAGAAGUAGCUGAUAGCGACGCAGUCGCAGCUGAUAGGGAGGCCCACAGAGUCGCUGAUAAGGAAGCAUUCAUCGCGCAUAUCAAAGAGAAGAUGAACAAGGUCCACCAGAAGAUGAAGAUGAUGAAAUUGGCUCAUAAGCACCAACACUCCCACUCUCACUCUCACCUCCCACCCCUCGUAACUCUCAAGCAUGGCAACCAACUGAAACACGUUCCUUGCAAGAUGCAUCAAGCCACUCACAACCACAAGGCAUCUCACAAGUCAUCACAGCCAUGCUUCAGACAGAGAUUCCAUUCGAUGGUCGCCAAUCUCGCCUCCGCCAUCCACAACGCCUCCUUCUUCUCCCUCUUCCUCAUCUCCUUCUUCGGUUUCUGGUCAUGCGCUACCCUCGCGCACCUCACUGUCGCUUUGAAGAGGGCCCGCGCUGCACGCCACCAACAAGCUUACGAGCGUGUGCCUGGGCAUGAGCAGGAGAAUGAGCAAGGUGACAAACAAGUUGAGAAGGUUUGA